UCGCUGUUCCGCAGUGGACUUCACUUAUUAUUCCGGCUCUAGUUUAUUAUCAACCAGACGGUGCGUUAGCCUCGGGAUAACAGGUUAGCAGCACCAAGCGGAGGCGCGGAGGAAGUCUGUCUCCAAUCUUUUUCAGCUGCACUUCAGUCCUCGUCCCCUUUAAAACUAUGUAGCCCUAGCGGUGGAGUUAUGAUGUGAACUCCCAGGACAAGUCUGUGGAGAGGGAGAGGGGGGACUAACCGAGCCCGGAGACGAGAAAUCAUGGCGGCACCUCUCGGACGGGACACCUUACCUGACCACUGGUCGUAUGGAGUUUGCAGAGACGGUCGGGUUUUCUUCAUAAAUGAUAAAACUCAUACUACUACUUGGCUACAUCCGCGCACUGGAGAACCUGUUAACUCUGGACACAUGAUUCGUUCAGAUCUACCACGAGGAUGGGAAGAGGGAUUCACCGACGAGGGAGCCAGCUACUUCAUCAACCACAACGUGAGGGCUACGACGUUCCGACAUCCAGUGACUGGACAGAUCUCCCCUGAAAACACAGAAUACACGCUACAGGACAGAAUCGAAUCUCGCAUGUCCAAGUCAGUGGCCAAUCACAGAUCCCCUGGCAUGGUCACAGAGUCAACCAAACCUGUGACCACUGCUCCACUUGAUGGCAGCUCAGGGUCAAAGGGCUUCAGAGGCAGUGGAAAAGUACAUAGUUUCGGCAAAAGGGAUCAUUCUAUUAAAAGAAAUCUUAACAUCCCAGUGGUGGUGAGAGGGUGGCUCUAUAAACAGGACAGCUCUGGAAUGCGACUGUGGAAGAGGAAGUGGUUUGUUUUGUCAGACUUCUGCUUGUUUUAUUACAAAGACAGUCGAGAGGAGACAGUGCUGGGGAGCAUCCCUCUGCCCAGUUACGUCAUAUCACCAGUUGAGCCAGAGGACCACAUAAACCGCAAAUACGCUUUUAAGGCGAGCCAUACAGGAAUGCGCUCCUACAUUUACAAUAAGAACUCUGUGAUUGGCUCACAGGCAGAACACUGCGGGAUGCGGACAUAUUUCUUCAGUGCGGACACACAGGAGGACAUGAAUGGCUGGAUCCGGGCCAUGAACCAGGCUGCGCUGAUGCAGCAGAGUCACACUAUAAAGAGGGACGUGGAACAGUCAGAGAAGGCCACACAGCAGGCAGUCCCUCAAACCAGCCAUGCCCACAUCAACUCCACUCAGACCGAAAGCCCAAGUAAAACAGACAGAGAAGUUGACCACAGUAUUAGAUUAGCCCACAGAGAUGAGGUGAGGUAUGGCAUAGAGGUCCAGCCAAGGUCCAAGCGCACAGCCCCAGAGGAGAGACUGUCGCCUGAUACUGGUGAUGCACAGAAGAAUGGCCCCACUGUGGUUCAAGUCAAUCUACCUCCAGAACAAAAUGGAAACGUUGUCUAUCAAAGGGGUUUUGUGACAAGAACUGACACUGACAAACAUGUGCAGAGGAAAAAUACACUGGCACAAGUGGAGCAUUGGGUCAAAGUUCAAAAAGGAGAUCCCAUGAAGAGUGCCACUUCUGAAUACCAACUUCCCCAUCGUACGCCACCCUUGAAGCCAAAAACCAGCACAAUGGAUGCCGCCUACCAGUCUUUGCCAAAGUCCCCUCGCCUCCCGUCGGGCAGCUGUUCACCUCCUGCAGCGUCCAACCUGCCCAGUGAUUACAAAUAUGCCCACGACAGACUCAGCCACUUCCGCAUGUCCACUGAUGAGCGAAUGGCUACCAAGGAGGGCAUGGUGUGGCAGUUGUACGAGUGGCAGCAGCGCCAACAGUUUCGCCAUGGAAGCCCCACUGCUCCUAUCUACAGCGGUCCUAACUUCACCGACUCGUCAGCAUUUAGAGUUACCGUGGAGAUGCCUAGGUCCAUCUCUGUACCUCCUUCCCCAUGUGAAGUCCCACCGUCUAUACCCACUACCUUUAAGCCCCUGUCCCCACGAAGACCGCACACUCCCUCAGACCGACGCACAGUAAGGCCUUUGGACGAUGCUGCACAAGAUAGCACAAGAGCCAGCUCGCCAGGUCAUCUUUGUCAUAUUUCACAGACCUCCCAGAUAGAGAGACGGUCCAUGCCUGCCAUGGGCUAUAUCACACACACAGUCAGUGCACCAAGCCUGCAUGGAAAAACGGCGGAUGACACAUACAUACAACUGAAGAAGGACCUGGAGUAUCUAGACCUGAAGGUUACUGGAUGUGAAAGCCUAAAAAAAGAAAGACCAUCAAGGCCUGUGAGAAUAGCAGAGAGUGAUGCUGAUGUUAAACUAAGUCGGUUGUGUGAACAGGACAAGAUUUUACAAGAGCUUGAAUCCAGGAUGCGUACCUUGAAAGAAGACAAGGACAAGUUGGAGUCUGUACUGGAUGUGUCUCACCAGCAGAUGGAGCAGUACAGAGAUCAGCCCGCACACGCAGAGAAGAUCGCCUACCAGCAGAAAUUACUCCAAGAGGAUGUGGUUCACAUCAGAGCUGAAAUAUCUAAAGCAUCAACAGAGAUGGAGAAUGCCUGGACUGAAUAUACACGGUUGGAGAAGGAUGUGGACUGGCUCAGGUCAGCCCUGCAAGGACAGAUGACCCGUAGUGAUCUCACUCAGCAGGAAAAGGUGCAGAUCAGAAAAGAGCUGUGGAGGAUUGAAGAUGUCAUUGCAGGCCUCAGUGCAAAUAAAACCAACUACAAAGUUACCGUCUCCUCAAUAACCAACCCAGAGAGGAAAUUUGUGCCUUCAGUGUCGGCGUCGUCAGUGCCUUGCGUGUCUGGGAGCCCGUCUGCUGUGGAGAUGAGAUUGUCCCAGCAGCAGCUCAGCCCCCACCUCACCCCCGCUGGCCACACCCCCUCCCUCUCCUCCAGCCUCAGCAUGGAGCAGCCAUUGUACUCGACACCUCCCACCACUGGGCAUAAAUGGGGUGAGGAAGAUGUGCCCCCCCGCCCUCCUCUACCUCAGCUCUACAGUCCCAACGAGCACCCGCCCGCUGUGCCCCCGCUGCCCAAAGAAACCACAGUGAUUCGCCACACGUCUGUACGAGGCCUGAAGCGCCAGUCUGACGAACGCAAGAGGGACAGAGAAAUCGUCCACUUUACCAAUGGAGACACAAAGGUUGAACUUCGACCUUUUUUGAGUGACCCUGAGUUGAUGGGAGCUGGAGACGGCUCAAGUUUGGUUAGUGUAGUUGCAGCAGGACAUGAUGGAGGUUACCAGACGUUACCAGGCAGAGGAGCGGCUUCCUCCUCUUUUAGGAUAAAUCAGUCUUCCAGCAUCUCUUCAUAUGUGACUCUUCGAAGAGCAGCAUCAGCUGUCGCUGUGAAGGAGAGACCCAAAAGUGCCUUGGAGCGCCUGUACUCCGGGGAUGCAGCGCUGCAGCAGCAGAGAGGGAGGAUGAGUGCGGACGAGCAGCUGGAGAGGAUGAAGAGGCAUCAGAAGGCCCUUGUUCGCCAACGCAAACGCACCCUAAGUCACGGAGACCGCCACGGCUCCUCAUCUUCGCGCUCUUCAGCCUCCUCUUUGCGCCCGCUCUCCGCAGACCUGGGAUCAUUGAAGAGAGAGCAGGACUUUGACUUGCAGCUGCUGGAGCGGGCCGUGCAGGGGGAGGAGUCAGUGCGCAGCGUCCAGGGAGAAGAGAGACCCCCAGAGCACAAGGAGAGACCCCGCUCCCACUCAGAUGAAUGGCUGACUUUUAGAUCUACAGACACGCCCACUAAAGAAGGGGAAUUAGAGCCACUUGAGUAUGACCUGGACUUGAGUAAAGAGUUGUCUAAGCCUCAGAAGGUGUUGAUCCCAGAACGGUAUGUGGAGUCAGAGCCUGAAGAACCACUCAGUCCAGAGGAGGCAGAGGAACGGCAGCGCAAAGUUCAACGCAUCAAGAGCAUUUUGGCAAAGUCCAGUGUGCAGAAUCUGGCCCCUGCUGUGUCUGUGGACAAACCGGACCUGGGUCUGGGGACUCUGGACUCUGCUCUUCAGGAACAAGAGAGGAUCAUCACUAUGUCCUAUGCACUUGCCUCAGAGGCCUCACUCAAGAGCAAAAUGGUAGCAGCUCAAGCAAUUUCUGGACACUGAGGUGCUAUUCAACAAGCUACUGUAUUGUUCGCCAUGUGUGGAUCAUGUCUGACUUUGGACAGUGAAAUGUAUAUUUGAGCAGGAGAGCUGAACUGAAGCUCACAUGUAGCCUCGUAUUUAAGGAGCUCAAAGCCACUUUUUCUGUGACACUGAAGACUGGGCUGUAGAAGCGGCUCUGCUUUUUGACUAUGGACAUGCCUAACAAGUGUUAUUCUAAUGAAAGCGAUUUUCAACAUGUUCUUGCACUUUGAGUGACUGAAUACUGAUAAGGAAUUUAUCUCAUAUUUUACAUGUUUGACUGAAUUACUUUGAAUCGCUGUGUGAUCUUCACUUCCAGCUUUGUUUCCCAGGUACUGAAUGUUUAAAGCAAAUGGUACAAAUAUUAUUUUCUUUGUCAGAGACUAUUUUACACCAAACCACUUGAAAUGUCAUGUAUGUGCAGUAUCUACUGCCGCACUGCCA